AUGUCUAUCACACCAAAGAAAACCAUUGUGGGGAACCCAUCCACGAAGAGAGCCUUCACGACGCAAUUGUCAUACGACAAAACUAGAAACAGACUCAUUUAUCCAUCCGGGAAAUGUGUUGUUCUCCGUUCACUCGACCAAGGCGGGGAAAGCUGGGUCUUCAAUGGCCACAAGUACCCUGUUUCGGUGGCAAAAGUGUCCCCUAGUGGGUUUUACGUUGCCUCCGGCGAUGAGUCCGGUAACGUGCUGGUUUGGGACUGCUCACAGCCCGAGAUGAUUGUCAAGAGCGAGUUCAAGAUCUUGAGCAAUCGGAUUAACGAUUUAGCCUGGGACGCCGACAGCAAGAGAAUCAUAGCUGUCGGUAACGGCAGCGAUACAUUUGGUCAUUGUUUCACUUUCGACUCCGGAAACAGUAUCGGUGAGAUCAGUGGACACUCGAGCCAGAUCAACUCGGUUGCAAUCAAGACCACCAGACCAUACUCUGCGUUCACCGUCGGUGACGACUCGAACGUGGUAUUCUUGAAAGGCCCGCCAUUCAAGUUCAACCAAAGUAACAAAACGAUCCACACAAACUUUGUGAAAAUGGUCAAAUUUUCUCCUAACGGCAAACUUGCAGCCAGUGUCGGAGUCGACAGGAUAAUUGCCUUGUUCGACGGCAACACCGGAGAGGUGGUGAAAUCGUUCAAAGACCUCUCCAAAGGUGGCAUCUACGCCGUUGACUGGAUAGACGAUGAGAGUUUCUUGAUUGCUAGUGCAGACGCCUACUUGAGAAUCGUCAACAUCGAGGGUAAGGUUGUCAAAGAGUGGAACUUGAAGUACCAAGUUGAAAGUCAAUUCUUGGGGUGUGCCGUCGUUGGCGAGGACAAGUUCAUUGGAUUAACAUUGGGCGGGACUCUUUAUGUUUUCAGCAAGGAGUCGUCCGACCCUGUUGAGAUUAUUAACGCUCAUCAGGUCAGCGUUACCUCUAUGGCGAAGCUCAAGGAAAGCGAUGAGAUUUUCACUGGCUCUUACGAUGGUAAGAUUUUGAAACACUUGGUCGAAAAUAACGAGGACACACUCAUCACGGGAGAUGAGCACAAGGGCUUGGUGGUUUCAAUAAAGGAAAUUCCUGAUGUCUCAAAAUCGUUGUUCUCCAUCUCCUGGGACGACAAGUUGAAGUUGAUCAGCGAGAGACUGGAAAUUUCCACUGUGGAUGAUUUGAAGAAGCAACCAGUCGACUUGAAGCUAAACACCAAGUUUGCAGCAGUGUUGUUUGAGGAUGGAAUUAGAUUCUACGACUUCAAUGGGAAACCAAUCAGCGAAAAGCGGUUAGAUUAUGAAGCCUCGAGUAUCGACGUGUCUGAGAAAUUCAUUAUCGUUACUGACGCCAAAAAUUUCCAAGUCCACAUUUAUGACACAGACCUGAAAGUGCUCAACGAGGUAAACUACUUGCGUAGCAAACCUACUGUGUUGUCGAUUUCCUCGAACGAGGAGUACUUGGCCUGUGGUGAUAUUCAAGGUAAGAUUUUGCUCUACAGCUUGACGGACUACACGCUCAUCACCUCAAGAUGGGCGUUCCACACAUCGAAAAUCAACUCCAUCAAGUGGAGUCCGGGAGAUAGGUACUGCUUGUCUGGUUCGUUGGACACAAACAUCUUCAUCUAUUCCGUCGAGAAGCCAUCUAGAAACAUUAAGUUUUUGAAUGCACAUAAGGAGGGAGUCAACUGUGUGGAAUGGAUAAAUGAGGACGUCAUUGUUUCCGCAGGUUCCGACAGCUGUAUCAAGUACUGGGACAUCAAGCACUAA